AGCGCAUAAAGCUGCGCGUGCGCCGCGCGGCGCGCAUUUCGCAGUGCGCAGUGCGUGACAGUGCCAUGUGGAGAGUGCUAGCAGUCCUUGUCGUCGGCACCGCGAUCGGCAGCGAACUGCCGGAGAAUUUCGUGCGAUGCCGGCAGAAGGACCCGAAGCUGAACGAAUGCCUGAAAGCUGCCGUGCCUGAUGCCCUCAGAAAGAUGAGAAAAGGUAUCCCCGAGCUCGGCGUGCCAUCAAUAGAGCCUCUCCACGUAGCGGCCAUCAACAUUCAGUCGGGCGUCGGUCCCAUCGUCUUGGCUCAAAACUACAGGAAGAUACAACUUCACGGGCUUGCGGAGACUACACUCACCACUUACAAAGCCGACCUGAAGCACUACCGCCUGGUGACCAACUCCCUGACUCCAAAGAUGGAGUUCAUCGCCGACUACGUGAUGAAGGGAAGGAUCUUGGUGCUGCCGAUCCAAGGGAAGGGUGUCGCCAAUGUUACUAUGGUGAACCUAGUAGUGAAGCACGACCUGAUAGGCGAGCCGGUGGAACGCGACGGACAGACAUACAUGCACAUAAAGGACUACAAGGUCCGCUUCUUGCCGAAGAGGGUGUAUUUGCACUUUACCAACCUCUUCAACGGGGACAAGCGGCUGGGCGACCAGAUGAACUUGUUCCUGAAUGAGAACUCAGAACUAGUGUUCAACGAGCUCAAGGAAUCCUACGAGAAGAGUCUCAGCUCCGUUUUCCAAAACGUCACCAACACCAUCUUCGAUAAGGUGCCUAUGAACAAAAUCUUUCUAGAAGACUGAAUUAGACUUAAGUGCUCGGUAAUUUUAAAGUUCUGGACUUUCAAAUGAAACGCAACAGAG